GAUAAAGAAUCAAGUGAAGAUAAAUUAAAGAAGAAAAUAACAGAAACAGAAAGUAAGACUGCACCAAAGAAAGUUACAACAAUAAGUAAAGAAGGUACACCAAGUAAAGAAAGUACACCAAGUAAAGAGGCCACUCUGACGUUACCAGCUGCUCCUGUAGGUGGUGUAGUAAGUCAGCCAGUCAUACCAUUAUCUAGUAGUGUUGAUGAACCAGCUGAUAAAGUGAUAAAGAAAGAUUUAGAGAAAGAUUCUGAUAAAGAAAACUGUUUAUCACCACAUCAAGCUGGUGGUACCACAAUACCACCUAUUAAUCUGGUACAGAAUGUUGGUGGUAAUCAAUCUAUACCAGCUAUUAACAGCUCAGUUCAUUACAUACCAGUAUCAGUUAAUAACUUUAAUUUAUCCAGUCCCAAUUUGUUAGGGUCUUUAUGGGGACCUACCCCAGUCCGGAUCAAUGAUAAAGCAGUGAAGAAAUCAUCAUCGUCAAAUUUUAAAAAACCUUCUCCUUCAAACCAUCAUAGUGUAUCUAUUAGUCCCCAACCAUUACAAACAGAGAAAAGUUCUUUACAUGAUAAACUAACUCACUAUGAUUCCACUAAAACAAGUAAGAAAAAUGGUGAAAAAGGACUGUUAAGUUUUCCAGAAGUCCGAGGUUUAAGUUUACCAGAAGUAAAGGGAGCAGAAGCUAAAACCAAAGAUAAACCAAGUAAGAAAUCUAAUGUGACCGUGAUACCACAUAUUACAAAUUUAGAUUUUAUGGGAUCUACAAAUCAGCAUAAUUCUCUUGAUUCAGAUAAAGAUAAUAGUUUACCUAAUGUUUGA